AUGCAGAACCAAAGCCAGAUCUCGAGGGUUCCAAGUGUCGCAAUGACGGAGCCCCGCAACGUCCAAAGCGACGUGCCGGCGGACAAGGGUCGGGCCUCCAACGGAGGAUCCUCUGAGAACUUGGCGGCACCGUCCCCGCUCGAUCGGGGCAGAUCGAUGAGCCCAGUUCAAACGAGCACAACUGCCGCGCAAAGCAGAUCGGCAUCAGGUGCCAUGACUCACAGAGGAGCCAUUCCUCAUGCCUGGGCCAGCGGAGAGGGGCCAGUGGCAUCUCCCAGGACGCCGAGGCACCCGGCUGGUUCCGAGCUCCGGCUUGGAAUCGUCGUUGCGGAGCUCCAGCGCCAGGGGGCCGAGGAUCGGCGCCUCGUGCAACGGCAGCUGGACCAUCUCGAGCGGCGGCUCCAGGAGCAGCUUGCUAUGCCGGCCAGUCGCGAGCGCUGGGCAGACCUCCAGGGCAGUGUCACUGGACUGCUGGAAGAGGUCGCAGGAUUGGUCCGACGCGUGGAAGGCCUAGACGAAAAGUUCAGGAGCCGAACUGCAGCCUGCGAAGAGCUGCUGCGGCAGCGCACACGCGAAGUGGAGCAGCAAGUCCACAGCCAGCAGCAGAAGGUCCAGCUGGCAGUUUCCACCUUUGAGGAGAUGUCCAAGCGCCAAACUGCCAAGCUCCGCAAGGUGGUUCAAACUUCGGAGGAGCAAACACGGCGACUGGCCUCUCUGGAGGAAGCUUCCCGGCGCCCUGCGCAGGAUACGACGAUGCGAUUGGAGGCCCGGCUCUCGGAAUUGGAAGGACAACAAGCGAGUUUGGAGGAAGAGUUCCGGAAUGUCGCGACCGGCCAGAGACUGGACUCCUUGAGCCCCAGCAGGCGCAUUCAUGCGUCGGCUCACACAGUGCAGGAGGGCCCGGGGUACGACGUGGUCCGUGCCUUGGAGACCGAGCUCUCGACUCUCUCGAAGCACCUGGCAGCACAGCUCGACGACCACUCCUCGGCAUUGGCCAGCCUGCGCGUGCGCACCGAGGGUCAGGAGCAACGUCUCGUCGCAGCAGGCGAGCGGCUGGAAAAGGUGGUGGCCCCAACGAUGGAGGCUUUUCGUUCCGAGAUGCAGCAGCUGAGACUCGCAGAUCGCUCCGAGAUGGACCAACGCUUCGAGCAUCUGUCGAGGAGACUGGUCGACAGCAACGAAGAAGCCAUGAAUGAGCUCAGGGACGUCUUGCAGGAUCAUCGCGAAACAGAUCCUACUUCUGAGGUUGCUGUAUCUCGCCUUAGAGAAACAUGUGCUGUGCAGGAUCAGCAGCUGCGCCGACUCGAGGCACUAUUGGAUCCCAGCACGCAGCGCGAGGAGGAGCUGUGUGGACUUCUGGUUCGAGUCGAGGGGCUGGAGCACAGACUCGAGCUGAUCGACGAAGAGGCUGUUUCGGAGAAGGCUGAUCGCACGGAGCUUCACCGUCUAGAACUAGCUGUGAAAGAGAUCUCCGAGCCCCUCCGGCGUCUCUCUCAGAGAACAGCCACCACUGAAACCCGCACAUUAAGUUUGGAGCACCAGCUGGAGCAGCUCCAGGCAGACCACAGCGCAGUUCCAAUUCCAGCGACGACCUCGCCCGGGAGCGAGAGCUUUGCGACAAAAGCCAGUCUCGAGGCCUUGUCUGAAGAGCUGGGGCAGGCCGUGGUUCGCAUCGUGGAAGUGGAAGCAGUGGUGCAGCGACCGUCUGCGAUUGCAGCUCCUGCAAGCGAAACAGUGCUGCUGGAGGCUGCAAGCCGGAUCGAUGCGGUGGAGUCCUCUGUCAAAGUUCUUGAAGAGCAGAUGGAGCAUCACUUGAAGUUCCAGGAUGUUCCUGCAAGUUCAAGCAGUGAGGCGGCGGUGCAGCUCGAAGAGCUAUCCGCGCGAGUCUCCAAAGCUCUCAAACUAGCAGAAACCAGCGGAAGCAACAUGCAGUCUUUGCGCUUUGACUUGGUCGUGGAGCAGGACCGUGUAGCCAAGAUCACCGAGGAUUUGAACAAGAUGUCCAGGCGGCUUGAAAACGCCGAGUCUGCCUUUGAGCUGCAGACCAUUAAGGAGCAGGAUCUCUCUGAUAGCUCCGCGGCAGAGACGGCACAGCUUGCUAGUGAUUUGCCAAAGGUACAUGCACUGACGGAGAGGUUCGAGGCUUCUGAAGGCCGCACCUCUGAAGCUCUGCAGAAGAUGCUGUCGAGCAUCGACAAGGUCCAAGUCCUGCACCAGGGCCUCGAAGGCUCCAACCGAGAUCUCACACAGCUGGUCGACACCCUCUCCUCCCGCCUCGACCGCCUGGAGGCCGACGCGCCCCAAAAAGAGGACCUGCAGACGCUGCUGGCACAGGCGCGGGAAGCCGCUACUUCCAGCAUGCGCCAGCAGCUGUCGGAUAUCAACUCCCAAUCUGGCAAGGACAGCGAGAUGCUCAAAGCCCUGCAGCAGGAGUUGGAGCAGCAGAAGGUGAACCAGGCGCAGCUCUCUGAAAGCACGAAGGACUUGACCCGCAAGGUAGAGGCUUCAGAAGCGACGAUGUCGGCGAGCAUGCAGACCUUGGAAGACCAGCUGACCGAGAUGCUCAGAAAGUCAAAGGAGUCCGUCAGCGACGUCCGUGUUACGGUAGAAGAUGUUCUUCAACGGGUGGAGGCCACCGAGGCUGCAUCGAAGGCCGUCCGCGAGGAGAUCAUGAACGAGGAGGCCCAUGGCGAAGCUUAUCAGCUUGCCAGGACCUGCCAGAACGACUUGCGCGGAGUUCACUCGGAUGUGGCAGACCUUCAGGCUUCUUUGAGAAGUCUGGUCCGGCGAGUAGAGGAUCUGCACCACGCAGGGACGGCCGGAAACACCAGGAAGCAGGUGUCUGAUGGCGCUCGUCAGCUGGAGCUGCGGGUCGAGGGGCUGCAGAAGCAGGUGAUGGAGGAGUUGGAACAGUUAGCAGAGCAGCAGCAGUUGCUGACCAAGGUCAAGCCAGGGCAGCUUGUAAAGCCGGAGGUCCAGGACUUGGAGCAGAACGUCGAGCGCUUGGCGGCCCAGGUGGCGGAGGAGCUGCAGCAGCUGCAGAUGCAUCAAGGCGAACUCGGCAAGGUUCAGGUUCGCCUUCAAAGCACCAACCCGGGCAAGGGCAAAGCACCGGAGGUCGAACGGAAGAUCUCGGAGCUACAACACAAGGUUCUUGAAGAGUUGGAAGCUUUGGGCAAACAGCAAGAAGAACUCGGCAAGGCUAAGGUCACCAUGGCAGAUCUUUCUGACCGUGUCCAGCAAGCGGUCGCCACCGUCACUGAAUGCAAGAAGGUGACGCUCGGAAUGGAGGAACGGCUAAAGCGGCUAACUUCCGAGGAGGCUCCUGCCUCGCUCGGACGGAACGGCAAGGCCCCUCCAAGAGACCAGGGCCUCAAGGAGACAGUCGCCGCCGAGCUGCCAGGCAGCGACGUGGAUGACAGCUAUGGGGCUGAUGACUUCGAGGAGUCCGCCGAGGAUGCCAGCAUGUCCGAAGAUAAAGCUGGUGGCAAAUAG